AUGUGUAACUUCGGCUUAGAAGAUGUGUUUCUAGCGUCAAGUCUCGGUCCAUGUUUGGAAGCUUUCCUGUCUUUCAGAUUAGAGAUGGCGGCCUACUCACUUAGUGAGAUGAGCGCACAAGUGCAGGUGGAAUCUUUCAAUAUUCGUGAGAUGGACGCAAAAGUGCUAUUUAGGUGUCUACGAAGACCCGUGUUGCCUCUCAUCAGGACGAGAAGAAUCCACCAAGUUCCUUUCCAAGAUGAUCUUUCUCCGAUAGACGAGGAGCUCUUCAACUUGGGGGAUUUCAAAGAUUACAAAGACGCACCCGAUGUCAGGGCUUAUCGGGAACGCUUAGGAAUGGAGGUGAAAGAGGAGGUUUCCAGGCCUUUGAGCCGAUCUUUAAAGCAGAAGGAACCUCUUGACACCGAGAAGAAAGAGGGUAUACCAGUGCCCAUGUCCCGAUUUGAAGAAGCUUGUCACAGCAGAGAACCCGUUGUUUUCGUUUCAAAGCUCUCAAACCCAUACGUCAACCUAGCCAUCGAAGACUACAUCUACAACAAAAUGCCUCUUCCUCAGCAAGAAAACAACUGCAACAGGCUUGUGUUUUAUGUCAAUUCACCUUGCGUUGUCAUUGGCAAGAACCAGAACCCAUGGAAGGAAGUGAAUCUACCUCUCUUGAACAAUCUCCAGAUCCCGUUGGUUAGACGCCGGUCAGGAGGAGGCACAGUGGUACAUGACUCUGGUAACGUCAAUUACUCAUUCAUGACUACCAAGGACAAGUUCGACCGCCAUACAUUUGCUCAUUUGGUGAAGGAUGCAGUCAAUUCCGUGGCUCCCGUGCAAAAGCAAAUCACUGUCACUGAGAGAGGCGACAUCGUUACAAAAGAAGGCAACUUGAAAGUAUCCGGAUCCGCAUACAAGCUUUCCAAAGGCAGAUCAUAUCAUCAUGGCACUAUGCUCCUUAAUCUGCGGCUUGAUAUAUUGCGGCAACUUCUCCACCGGGACGAAGAGAAAAUAGGCUAUGUGACAUCUGAGAAGUCAGUCUCCUCUGUCAAAUCGCCAGUAACCAAUCUUGAGAUUGACCAAGAGUCGUUCAUUGAAAGUGUCAUUUCUCAAUUUCAAGAGCAGUACGGCGUAAGUAACAAAGUGGAUAAACCCGAAGAUGAAGAAUUCGACCAGACAGAGCUUCUUGGACUUGAUGACUUUGUGCUAGGUUUUUCUAAGAAAGAUUGCCGGGUGGUUUACGUUGAAGAAGGCGACGAGUUGCCUGAAGAGAUUGCUAAAGUGAGGGACGAACUUAUGGACUGGGAUUGGAAGUACGGGAACACUAUGCCGUUCAUUCAUACGUUCAACCAUAAAGAUUUCACAGUGGAAUUUACCAUUGCAAAGAAAGGUCUUGUUGAGUCUUUUACAUUGCAUGGAGCCAAUGAAAACAUCACACAGAGCUUUGAGUUCCUUCAACUCGUGUUGAACCGUGGUGAUUCUAUCACGUACACUGGAAGCAAUAUUGCAGGCUACAUUACCGAUGAUGAGCUUAGUGAAUGGAUCGGCGAAGCCAUAGACGGAACAACAUAA